CGCGGUUGGGGCAGCCGGGGGCCCUCCUGCACCCCGGGCGGCCAGACGCUCGCUCCAGAGCUAUCACCUCCAGGGCAAAGUAAAACCCUGGCACCCUCUCCUCUUUCCGUCUUCCAUAGUGGACCAGGUCUUCUCUGCAUAUCCAGGCUGGGUUUAGGGGCCGGCCAGGUGGAGUGGCAGGACUCAGCUGACCAUCUAGUGAUCAAGAAUUUCCUGGAAUCAGCAGCUGGACACGGGAAUCAGCCUGGUGCUCCAUCCAGAGGGGCCCAGGCUAUGUGACUUGCCGGGUUUGCUUGUCCUACUCCUGUGAAUGCAGGAAGUGCCUCUAAAAUAUCCCUAGUACAUACAUGUAGAUGAAUUACCCACAUCUCAACGUUAACCCAUUGCCUACAUCCUUUAUGCUAACAAGAUUUUUAAAAAGCCUCCUGGGAUAUAUCACCAUUGUUGGAUGCGUGGUACAUUUAAGAAACCUCAGUGUAUGGGAGAUGCUCUGAACAUGCCCAGGGGCCUCCGUGACGCACCUGUUCCUUAAUGCUGAAUGUUCUUUUCUCCAUUUCAAGAUGUUUUUGCACUUCUGAUAAAUGCAAACUGACAACUCUCAAAGCCACAACAGAGAGAAAAUUGAUGGUGCUUGAAGCUUAGAAGUCUGCCCUUAGCAAAACAAAGGUCCUGACUGUUGUUUGAAAUGCUGAGGAAGUUGCUGCGGAGGAGACUUUGUUCUUAUCGUGCCAGAUAUUACUUUUUGAUUCUCAUUUUUUCCCUAGUCACCUUCUCAGUUUUAAGAAUUCAUCAAAAGCCUGAAUUUGUGAGUGUGGGACAUUUGGAGCUGAUCGGAGAGGAUCCUAGUACUGACAUUAAUUGUACCAAAGUUUUACAGGGUGAUAGAGAUGAAAUCGAAAAGGUAAAACUUGAGAUGCUGACAGUGAAAUUUAAAAAGCGCCCUCGGUGGACAACCCACGACUAUAUAAACAUGACCAGCGAUUGUGCUUCUUUCAUCAAAAGGCGCAAAUAUAUUGUCGAAUCCCUUAGCAGAGAAGAGGCGGAGUUCCCAAUUGCAUACUCUAUAGUGGUUCAUCACAAAAUUGAAAUGCUUGACAGGCUCCUGAGGGCCAUCUAUAUGCCUCAGAAUUUCUAUUGCAUUCAUGUGGACAAAAAAUCGGACAGUUCCUUUUUAGCAGCGGUGAUGGGCAUUGCAUCCUGUUUCAGUAACGUCUUCUUGGCCAGUCAGCUGGAGAGCGUGGUUUAUGCUUCGUGGAGCCGGGUUCAGGCGGACCUCAACUGCAUGAAGGACCUGUACAGCCUGAGUGCAGACUGGAAAUACUUGAUCAAUCUUUGUGGUAUGGAUUUUCCUAUUAAAACCAACCUGGAAAUUGUCAGGAAGCUCAAGUCGCUGAUGGGCGAAAACAACCUGGAAACUGAGAAGAUGCCCUCCAAUAAAGAGGAUAGGUGGAAAAAGCGUUAUGAAGUUAUUAAUGGGAAGCUCACCAACACGGGGACCAGCAAAGCACGCCCUCCUCUUGAAACACCUAUUUUUUCAGGCAGUGCCUAUUUUGUAGUCAGUAGGGACUAUGUGGGAUAUGUGCUGGAGAACGAAAAAAUCCAAAAGUUUAUAGAAUGGGCAAAAGACACAUACAGCCCAGAUGAAUAUCUCUGGGCCACUAUUCAAAGGAUCCCAGAAGUCCCCGGCGCGCUGUCCUUGAGCCCAAAGUAUGACAUGUCUGACAUGCAAGCGGUGGCUAGGUUUGUCAAGUGGCACUACUUUGAAGGCGAUGUGUCCAAGGGUGCCCCCUACCCACCCUGCAACGGGGUCCAUGUGCGCUCCGUGUGCGUUUUCGGGAUGGGUGACUUGAACUGGAUGCUGCGUCAUCACCACUUCUUUGCCAAUAAGUUUGACACUGACAUAGACCCCUUUGCUGUCCAGUGUUUGGAUGAGCAUCUAAGACAUAAAGCUCUGGAGACCCUCAGACAUGGACCGUUGUAGGCAAUUCUAGAAAUAAGAAUGUGCAACAUAUACCCCGUCCGACUCCUAUGCCUUGUUAGAGAGCAUCAGAAAAACUGUAUGGGGAGCUCUUGGGAUCAGGGACUCAGCUAAGUCUUUCUGUCAGAGAAGCUACAUGUUUUCUGCAGAACACAAUCUGUUAGAAAGGUUAUAGCCUUAAAUGUCUACCUAGAGUUAAAGUGAGGGGAAGGGAAGUUAGAGGAGCAGAGGGGCCAGAGGAAGUAAAGAGGUCUCAUGGGGAAAGUUGACCGAGGUGGCUGAGGGAGAGGUACAAUGCAGAAAUCUGUCAAAAAAGCUCAGGGACUUAACGAAAGGAAAAGAUACGACCUGUGCCAAAAUUAUUUGAGAGCUUUAAACCUGGUAAUUUUCCUGAUUUGAAUAAAUUUAUAGCAACAGCCAAUCACAGGAAUAUAAUUUAUCUUGUAUGUUACAGUUGAAAUAGAAAUUUGAUUUUACUCUGAACGAUCCUUGUAAAUAAUUUAAUGUCUGCUGAAAUAUUGUGCUAUGUGGUGUAUCUUUGUAUGUCAUCUCAGGGACCUUUAAAAAUGUGCUUGAUUUAACAUUAAUAUCUCUGACUAAUUUUUGCUUAUAACUGCACAUGUGUUGUAAAAUACAAAGAAAAAAAUGACAAUUUCUAGUUGAUUCUGCGAAUCACCUUAGGUUAGUAGAAAUGUUCAGGCAUCUUGUUAUAGUUUCUACAAAGAGUAACACUAAGUUUUUCCAACUGUUUGUCUUCCUACUCCUCCUCCAGUCUCCCCAGACCCUGCUGUCAACCUGCAUAAAAACUUCAUUUCAGAGAACCUUACAUGACCAUAUUAGUAGACCUGAGUGCAAAUAAACUGUACAGAGCACCAAGGCAGAAAGACUGAAGUUGGUUUUGGAAGGGGAGGGAGGAGAAGGAGCCCUAUUUAGACAAUCUCUGAGGAGCGUGGUGACUUUCAAAAUCAACGCUUUGCACGCUCCCUGGAAACAAAGGCUCUGCUCACUGAACCUGCUGUCCCCAGCCUCCCAGGAUCGUUGGAUCCUAAUAUCUUCUGUGCCACCAUUUGAAAGGAAAUGGCUCCCACUUCUACAUGCUGCCUACCCAGAUCCUUAGUCACUGGUUGGAAUUUUCCUUUUUUUGUGAAAACCUUUGAUGAGGAGCAGGGAGAAGUGUGCAGCUGUUCCAUAUGAUGUAAUUGAAGGCCUGGCUAUCCUAAAAAGAACUUUAGUUUUGGGACAGAUUGCUUCGGGAUUGCUACCAUUGGCACCAUUCACGGCAUAUGAUUUCUACUCUCUCGUUUCCACCAAAAGACAUGAUUUGUGGUUGCUGUCUCUUAUCUCAAAGUAAAUGAAGAUUUUUUUUUCCUAAAAUAAAUCUUGUUCUUUUGAUAAGCUGAUACUGUUCAGCCAAAGAUCUAACAGAAAAGGUGAAGCUUUAAAUUAAGCAUUGAACUUUUAACAAGAAUCAAAACCAUGUGCUGUAUUUUUAAAGCCUAGCCAACUUAAAACCGUUCAUAGGAAAUUCAUAAUAGCAGACUGGUUUUCAAGCACUCAACUGAGAAAACUUUUCUCGUUUUUUGAAAAUUAGAAAAUGUUUUUUAUUUAUUGAGGUGUGUUAUACUGGCCAUAUUUAAUGGAAAUUUUAUGUCAUUUUUUUAAACCUUUAUCAUAGUAGACAUACAAAUCAGUGGGUUGCUGGAUUUUUGCACAACUCAUGGCAUCCUGCCUUGGACCAAGAGGGACACAUUUUUUUCUUUUAAAACUCAACAGAUGAUGCUGAUAAGGGCAUUAUGUGCACAGUGCAUUAUAGAUCCCACUGGUUUCUAAACCAGUUUUUUUUCUAACACACAUUAUAUUUCUUCCAUGCUCUUUUUUAGCAGGAAGGUUUUAACCUAGAAUAUAGGGCAUUUUUUUUAAAACUAAAACCGGUGACCUUCAGUGACUUACUUUGUAUGUCUUUAAUUUUUUUUUUAAAUUUCAUUCAUGGUGUCUAUUUUAUAGAACUUUUUUUCUUUGAACAUUUUCAAAUCUAUAGGAAAGUUAAAACAAUAGUGCAAUGACCAUCCCUAUACCCUUCACCUGGAGGCACCAAUCAUUAACACCUUGCCCCAUUUGUUCUGUUUCAUAUGUUUUCGAAUUAGUUUAAAAAAUAUCCAAAGUUAGCAUUCAUCAUGACACUUGUUUUAUGGUAGCGUGACUGCAUCUGAUUUACAUUUAAUGGACAGGUUUUGCGGGACUUUUUUCUUUAUCACAGAUAUAAAAAUAGUAAAGAACAUCCCCAGCCCCACAAUAAAAACUGUGAAGCCACCAUCUUUUAUGCAGCUCUGUUACCUCAUCUUUCUAGUAUGGCACUUGUUGAAAUGUGAGUCAGCACUGCCCUACUGGAAACACCUUUUACAGGGAUUAUAUAGGGAUUAGUUCAUUGGAACUAAAAGUAUCUUGUUUUUAAACUUCUCGGCAUAAUUUAAAGCAAAUGAAAUUCCUACUACGAGCAAUUUGAGGAAUCAAAAAGCUGGUUUUAAAAGGAGGAUGACAAAUUGAGAAGGAUUCAAAUGCAAGCUCUUUGCAUUUAAAUUACUUUGUAAAUGUUAGUUACUAAAAAUGAAUUUCUUUUUA